AUGGAAGGCAAGAAGUUGGAUGUAAAUAUUGUGAUUUACACUAUUCUUAUUGAAGGUUUGUGCAUAGCUGAAAAAAUUGAAUCUGCAAGGGAACUCUUUUGUGGUUUAUCAUCAAGAGGGCUUCAACCGGAUGUAAGGACAUAUACCAUAAUGAUUAAUGGACUCUGUAUUGGGGGCCGAACAAGUGAAGCAGAAAAGCUGCUUACUGAAAUGGAAGAGAAAGGUUGUCCUCCAAAUGAUUGUACGUAUAACAUAAUUAUUCGAGGGUUUGUCAAUAACAAUGAGACAGUAAGGGCGAUGGAACUUAUUCAACAAAUGGUGGAGAAGGGUUUCUCAGCAGAUGCAUGGACUACAGAAUUGAUAGUUGAACUAUUGGGUAAAGAUAAAGUAGAUCCUGCAUUGUUGCCAUUGAUGCAAAAAGAGAAUUAUGAACUGAAUUUGCCUCAGUUAAAGUUGAACAGAUCUUCUGACCAUCCCAAUAAACAUUGA